AAAAAACAUUACAAAAAUACCAGAACGGAGAAGAUCGUAUAAAAACGAAGCUUAAAAUCAUAAUCGCAAAAAACGAGGCCCUUUAAUACAUUUACCAGUUGAGACCAGAUAAGAAUGUCGUACAACGGAAUAGGUCUACAGACAGCUAGAGGGAGCGGAACCUCGGGUCAUGUUCAGAAGAAUCUUGCAGGGAGUAAGGAUGGAGAGGCAGUGACCGGUAUGGGUCAUCAUCGAAGAAGAGAAUUGGAAAGGGAACAUGAGCAAAGAAAGCAGGAACUGAAAGCCAGAGAGUCCAAUAAGAGUGUAGCCCGAGCAGAAAUCGAGGAACACAACCGUAAGAGGGAGAUAGAUAUUAAAUGUAUGGAGCUUAGAGACUCGCUUGAAGAUGAGAGCGAGGAUGAGGACAUAAUUGAAACAAAAGUUAAGGAGCUACGAGAAUCCCUUUUAGCAAGUUAUACGCAUGAUGAUUGAACAAUUUACUUAUUUAUAUAGAUGUAUAAGCCCUAAAAUAAACGAGGUCUUGAUUAGAUUUUUUGAGAUCAAUUGGAAGCACCCUGAGUAAUCUUAUCUGACAUUUCGUCUUCGCUUCCCGGUGUUUGGGUCAAGCCUUCAUCUGCUAAGUAUUCAUCGACAACGGUUUUGAGCAGGUCGACCCCCUUUUCUCCUUGAAUAGGGUCAGCGGUUUCUUUAGAAGCGGCUUCUGUAGUUCUGUCUUCGUUGUUUUCUGGCACUUCAUCAAUUUUGGCAUCAUCCAGUGAUUCCAAUUCAUCUUCAUCAGGUUUUACUGAUUCUUCAUUGCCUGCCUUUUCUACUUUCUCAUCUAUUCCCAA